AUGAAAGCAGUCUUUACUUUGCGGGUACAAAGUUUCUUCCCAAUUGGGUUCUCCAAAUACCUACCAUAUUGGACUUUUGGCGCCACAAGUAAUGACUUGGUUGAUUCAGAACUUGUGCUACAGUGGCAAGAAAAUGCAUUUAUACCUUGUACAGGUGCCGGCAAAGACCAACUGCCUAUUGCACCGUGGAUUCAAAAUAAGCGGGAUAUUGAAAAGCUACGAAGUGAAUUAGACACUCCUAACGAUAUCUGUCGAUACACAUAUGAUUAUACCAGAAACGAAAUUGCUCAAUAUGCUAAACUUGUUGAAUUACGUAUCAAGCAAAAGAGGUCUUUUGAUGAAUUGAUGACAAGUCUCACACUCUCGCAGCCAGAGGAUGAUGAUCCAGGCAAAUGGGGCCGCAUGACAAUGGAUAGCAAUGGUGUCCAGCAAAUUGUAUCAGCACUCGAUGUUGUUUACAACCCAAAAUCAACAAAUACCGAAAGGAGGGAUGCACAGUCGUUUCUUGAAACAAUAAAGUCCAAUGAAGAAUCACCAUUCUGGGGGUACCAAUUAGCCCUUCCCGAAAACAAUGGCUCGAAUUAUAUCGUCCGAUAUUUUGGGCUUACGUUGCUACAAGGGUCAAUUAGAUACAAGUUUCAUACAUUUGAUUCUACCAAAGUAUCGGCAAUCAAGAACUGGGUUAUCGAAUUGGCCAACAAGAUACUUGAUGAUGAUCCCCAUUACAUGAAAGAAAAGAUUGCCUUUCUUUGGGUUGCGUUGGCAAAAAGAAUAUGGGGAAGCUAUUUGGUAAAAUCGAGGGAGCAUGAUAUUGAAUCAAACAAUGCUAGCCAGGAGGAGAAUAGCGAUGCAAAAGCAGCAGUGACACCACAAGAAGCAGAAGACGGAUGGGUGUCAAUGGACUCCAACUUGUGGUCUCUUUGGAAUAGUAAUGUCACAUGCCGUGAAUUGUCAUUGGUCAUUAUAAGAACCCUUUUUGAGGAUAUAUAUUUACUUGAUGAUGCUAUUGCUUCUAAAAAUAGUGUUGUACUAAAUCAAUUGUCGGUUCUAAUAACAACACCCGACAAAGUACUAGACACAAUUUACGAAAACAAUACAAAAUUUUCUAUAUGCAAGGCUUCUACUGAUGGAUGGUUUGUCACCUGGUCAAGGUUCUUACUUGAAGUUGUGGCCAAUAAUGAAUUCCAAAACGAAGUAUAUCAAAAGUAUGUCACAAAGAUUCUAUCGACAUUCAAAACGUGUUUACAUUGGAUACAUCCAAGAGUAUUGCGAGAAGAAAACGUAUUGAACACAUUGAUUAACAUGUUGACCAUACCUGAUGUUAAAAUAAAAACAUUAGCGGUUGAUUGCUUACACAUUAUAUUCACCAGGACGUAUUCGCAGGAUGACGAGUUUGAUUUCUUUAUUGGAUCGAUAUUCACGACAGAAGGUAUCAACAAGUUGGACGAGUUUUACCAGUCGUUGCAGUUGGAUCCUGAUGACAUCGACGAGCAAGUGUACUCAUUGCUAAAAAAGACAGUGGAAAUGAUUGUAUCGCUAAGUGAAUACCUAAACAUCUCAUCCAAACACAAGGUCAAUUGGGAAAAGAGCGAUGUUGAUGGGUACUUGAGACUAGUAUUGAAAACGACAGACCAUCCUAGUUUAAUCAUUAGUGGACUAUCUUUGCAAAUGUGGGUGACUAUUCUAAGGUUUGAUGAACUUAGUGCCAAACGUCAAAUAGUUGACAUAAUGAUGCAAUUGCUAGAUAUUGCUGCCAAUAGGACGAUAAAUUUUCUCUGGGAUGAUGAGCAUGUUUCAAAGAAAUUCUUUGAUAUUGAUUUUGAUUCAACUCCAGAUGCUACGAGCUUCCUACAAAACUAUCGCAAAUUCAAUGAAGAUAUCAUUAGAAUAACAGUUUGUAAAAAACCAGAGGAAGGGCUUAUUUGGCUUGAGAAUAGGUUGCAAAGUUUCUUUAGUAGUGAGUUGGGCAGCCAGUGCAUAAAUGAUUACAAUUUGGGCGAAAAAUCGAAAGCAUUCAACUACGGAUCAUCUCAGUUCAACAUAAUAGAAAACAGUAUUCGAGGAAUUUCUCGAUGGAGAAUAUGGUAUAAUGGCGAAGAUUUCACCGCAAUAGAUGACCGCUUGAACAAACUUGUCAUUCAAUUGGGUGAACGGUUGUUGGCGAUGAAUUUGGCGUCACCCUUGAUUAUCAGGAAACAAGUACAAACCUUGGUUCAGUUCGCGCCGUUGUUGAAAGGAGUUGAUAGCCCAUUGAUGUUUCAAAUUCUAGAAAAGAUUCUCACUACAGCUACAUUCCCAUAUCCACCAAACAUCUCAGACGAAGACAAGGAAUUGAUUCGUGAUUUGCGAGCUAGCUGUGGUACGGAAUUGAAUAGACUUGCCUACAUCAUGCCGGAAGCGUUGAAGAAUAUUUUCAACGACUUGGAGAGCGUCGUAGCUAAUAUCCUUUCCUCGGAUAAAGUUAGUGCUCAUGAAAACGUUGCUUUCAAGUCUUUCCUACUAGUUAUUGCAUCAAGGUCAUCAAUUGAUGACAAGAAUGAUCUUUUUGCCAAAAUUGUCGACCCUGAUUUGGCUGCGUGGUCGGCACCGGAGACAGAAAAGGGUUUAAUGGAUUUGCACUGGUUUAUGGAGAGGAUUGGAAUUGUUGAGAUUGCGUCGUAUUUUCAAAAACGUGGAAUUACGGCAUCAACAAAUUUAUUAGAGGCCAAAAUGGACGAUGAAGGCAAGAUAUUGAAGCAGAAGCUAAAGGAUCAUUGGAGCUCGAUUUUUCCUAUUCGUGCAACAAGAAUUUUUAUUCAGUAUAGUAUUGAGAAAUUGAGCCAUGAUCAGCCAGAGUAUUUAAAUUUACUUAAAUUAUGGAAACCCCGCGUGCAGCCAAUUGUACCACAUAUUUUACAACUAUUGACACAAAUUCAGGCUUACCACGACCCAGCAAAUUGGGUAGAUUUACCAGCUGAAGUUCAGAGCUUUGUCAAGUAUAGUUGUACGGAAAGGUUUUGGCAACAGGGGGUGUCAAUUCAGUCCAAAGAAACUUUUAUCGAAGAGAAUGUUAAGGCUGCUUUGACAUUGAGAGAUUUUGCUGAUUCAGUGGGCCAUUUGAUUAGAUACACGAGAGAAUACGCAUUUUUAACGGUGGGGUCAUUAGCCCAGUUGGAAGAUACCCUUUAUGAAAUACCCAAUGUGGCCAGCAUGAUUUGGAAAGCAGUUGCUGGUGACACAGUAGGAAUUACAUUGCAUUCUUGGAAACACAUGAUAAACAGUUGUCUUCGAGUUGUUAUUAAAUUUUGUCCCGUGAAAUUUGUUGAAGUGUUUAUGAGCGAAUUGUUACCCAAGGCAUUGGGAGAUAUCGACGCUUUGCUUGUCAGCAAAUGGGACAAGGUAUAUAGCGAUGGAUUGCAAUUGCAAGGAAAUGAAGAUGACGAAACCUUGUCUGAGGAGAUGAUGGAAGAGCACAUGUUGAGACAAUUGACAGCAACGGUGGUUAGAAUGUUGAUGGAUAUUGUCGGACAGUACAACUCCAAGUCGCUCACCGAUACUCAAUUUGCUAGUAGGAAGUUGGUUAUCGAAAACAAGCAAGUUCUUGCUCCAUUUUUGACCCUCUGCUGUCACAUCAUUGCUUUCAAAGAUACAAAAUGUUCAUUCAAUACAAUUUUGGUCAUUAGGAAUAUCCUUAGCGAUAUUACCUCCAAGGAUGACGAAGUUGAUAAAUUUCUCUGUGAGAAUCUUAUCAAGUCGUUGGUGCAUGUGCUAUUAGAUGACUAUUUCGUCGAGACCCACAGUGAAGCUGCAUUGGUGCUUACUACAUUGUACUGCCAAUUGCGUUCCAAAAACGAUUAUGCUGCGAGAAUUCUAAUGCAGAGACUACCAAAUAUAAAGCCCCACCACAUUUCCAACUUUGAGAAUUUAUUGGUCAGCUCAAGAUCGCUAAGGCAUCAACGCAGUGCUCUCUUGGAAUUGGUCAAGAUCUCAAAAGAUAAUGGAUCCUACGAAGAGGAAGAUAUGAGCAAAAGGAAGAAGGAAUUGGACCAGGUUGCCAAGCGGAAGAAAGUGGGUGCUAAUGAAGUUGAUGUCAUGAAUGACCCGUAUACCGAGAAUGGAGCCUUGGGUAAUCUAUUUGGAGAGGAGUAA